AUUCUAAAAAAAAUGCAACAUGCUUUUAUUUUGAAAGACCGUCUGGAUGGGCGUGUCCUGCUGUUGAAGAGCGAGUCCUUCAUGCGGUGCUAACUGAGGUCAGUCAGACGAUUUGUGAACAAGCAGUGGAGCCAGUAGAAGGAACUGUCAAGUAUACCGCUCAGUGUAACCGUGAUGAGGACCGGACGGUUGCACAGUCAUGGAUAGAGUGGCAUAAUGACACAUGAGAACCUGACAAACUCCCAGCUGUCUUUCAAAGCUAUUGCCCUGCGCAUGGUUGACCUUCCUCUUUUGGUCUACAGCUCCCUGGGACAGGUGAGUGUCAGCUCAGGUACCAAGAAACUGGUCGCAGUCACUGCUCUUGGUACCGUGUCACUCCUCCUGCUCGCUCGCCGCUUCCAGAGGAGGAAGGGCAAAAAAAGGUCUCACUCGCUGCCAUGGGGUCAGGCGGAUCUGCAGUUUUUCCCUCCUGGCUUUGCAGAAAACGACAACACCAGCCAGAACCUCUCAGUGUCCCUCAACUUUGACCAAACUGGAUCUAAUUUGGUCCUAACAGGAGAUGACCAAACGAUAUCUGGGUCUCUGCUGAGUCUGGCCUCCGUAAAAAGCAUGAAUUCCUCCAGCAGCAGCACCUGUGCGAACGAAUCCACCUGUUGGGACGGAGCAGGAGACGCAGAGGUCGGCAGUGUGGUCGGCUUAUCCGCCGCCACACCUGAAAACCUCUACCUUAUGGGGAUGGAUUUAUUUGAGGAGGCGCUGCGGCGGUGGGAGGAGGCGCUGACGUUCAGGAGCAGACAGACUGAGGACGAUGCGAGCUGUGGCUCCGCUGGAGAUGCCAUCGCUGAGCAGAGCAUGGAGGAUGUGAUCAGCAUCGAGUUCGUCCACCGGCUGAAGUCUCUGCUGGAGAGGGCUUAUCACCUCCAGGAGGAGUUUGAGGGAGUGCUGGGCCUGUCCGAGUCCUCCUCUCACACCAGUAGCCAGGCUCAAAUGGCGGACCUUUUGGUGAGAGACGAUCUGGACGACGCCUGUCUGAGAGACAGCAUCAGCAUCGCCUCCACUGACUCGUUUGUCUCUGCUGCUGAGCCUCAGGCGUCGGAGCACAGGGACCUCCGAAGCGUUCUGGCUCAGCAUCCUUUCUAUGAGGAGGCGCUGCAGAUGGCUGAGGAGGGCCAGAUCUCCUGCCGGGUGCUGAGAACGGAGAUCCUGGAGUGUCACGGGGACUUGGACUUCCUGGCUAAGCUGCACUGUGUGCGGCAGGCGUGUGAGCUCAUUCUGUGUGACCGGGCCACCAGGAUGUUUCUGGCCAACACAGGAAAGAAGAUCCUGUCUUCCAUUAUCGUUCAAGCUCAGAAGAGUCCUAAGAGGUUUGAGGACGUGUUUGAGGAGAUGAUCUCCUUCCUGGAGGAGGCUGAGCACUGGGAGGACACGGAGAUGGAGCUGGCUGCACGAGGGGUGAGGCACUUGAACUUCUACGACAUCGUGCUGGACUUCAUCCUCAUGGACUCCUUUGAGGACCUGGAGAACCCUCCUUUCUCCAUCCAGAACGUCAUCAACAACCGCUGGCUGAACAGUUCCUUCAAGGAGACGGCGGUGGCAUCGAGCUGUUGGUCAGUCCUAAAGCAGAAGAGGAAACACAUGAAGAUUCCAGAUGGCUUCAUCGCUCGCUUCUACGCCGUGUGUGAACAGAUCAGUCCAGUUCUGGCCUGGGGCUUCCUUGGCCCAAAGAGCUCUCUGCAGGAGCUGUGCUGCUUCUUUAAGGAGCAGGUGCUGCACUUCCUGAAGGACAUAUUUGAUCUGGAGAAAGUGCGUUACUCCACAGUGGAGAGUAUGGCGGAGGACAUGCUGCACCUUCUGCACCGGCGAGCUGAGCUGCUGCUGGCAUACCUGGGAGCAGACCACCUCCCGCCCCUCAGCAGCUGCAGCGGCGGCGGCGAGCUGCAGCUGCUCCCCACAGCUCUGCUGGAGGCACCGGUACAGUGAAUUUCCAGCUUUAGUGCAACAUUUGGACCAAAGGAAACGUACUGAUGACAACACAUCUCCAUGUGUUGGAUGUGACCUCCUCCCCUUCUCUACAGUGCCAUGGCAGAAAUAUCAUAGCAAUAAUGUUUAACUUCACAGGGUUUAUUGUGCCGUAUAGAUUAUUUAGAGCACAUAGGCAGUUUGAGUGACACUUGAAUUAUUUAUUUUAUUAUCAACAGGUUUAUCUUGUAGAUUUAGCUGCGCUUGUGUUCAGCUUUUAAUGUGAGCUUUGUCAGAUCAGCUGAAUGUAUCCUCGUCCUGUUUAAUGUUAGCAGUGCAAUAUUUGGCUGUUCAUGCUGCUCGUUGCUAAAGCCACGCCCCCUCUGAGGGGCUGGACACAAUAUUUAUGGGUAGCUGUAUUAAGAAAAACAUUCAUGCAGGGAUUGGGUCGCUUCUGCUGAUCACGGCCAGUAAAGAGAAAAUGAAACGAUGCAUCUUCUAUUUGUGCCAGUCUUUGUAAAUGGGCAACAACACAAGCAGCCUUACCAUGAACGCACAAAUGUAUUCAAGGAGACACAGCUGUCCUGUUCUGCACUGCCAUGUUGAAACCUCACACAACCGAUGUCUGUGUCAGUGUGACCUCACAGUUUCAGCCGUCAUUGAUCACAGAUCAGCCCCAGAACAAACAGUCGCUGGGUUCAUGGAGGCCAGUACAGGAACAGAUCUCAUUUUAAAGCUAAUUAGUUUUGGAUCUAGUGUUUUAGGAAGUUUCAGAGAAACUGCAGUGCUUGGAGAAUGAUCUUCAGUUUUCAGUCGCAGCUUUUCCAGGUUUCUGAUUGAAAGUGGAAGCAGCACCAAAGAAAUCCCACUUGUUUUCGGGGCAUCUAUUUGAAUCUUGUUGCUGCUAUUGUGACUGUGAGUUUGUCAUGUGCAAAAUCAGCAAAUAAACACUAAAAUGUG